CUGGCCUCUAACAUUGCCCCUCUCCCCGUGUGUCUCCUCCAGAACGUGUACGUGAACAUCAACCGCAUCAUGUCGGUGGGGAACCGGCUGCUGGAGUCUGGCCACUACGCCUCCCAGCAGAUCCAGCAGAUCUCGGGUCAGCUGGAGGCGGAGUGGAAGGCCUUCGCCGCGGCGCUGGACGAGCGCAGCACGCUGCUGGAAAUGUCCGCCAGCUUCCACCAGAGGCCGACCAAGUACAUGGGCAACGUGGAGCCGUGGUGUAAGGCUUGUGGCGAGGGCGAGCUGCCCUCAGAGCUGCAGGACCUGGAGGACAUCCACCACCACCAGGGGCUGUAUGAGCACGUCACCACCGCAUACUCAGAGGUGAGCCAGGACGGGAAGUCCCUGCUGGACAAGCUGCAGCGCCCGCUGACCCGCAGCACCGACUCCCUGACGGCGUCGGCCAACUACUCCAAGGCGGUGCACCACGUGCUCGACAUCAUCCACGAGGUGCUGCAACAGCGGCAGCUGGAGAACAUCUGGCAGCACCGCAAGGUGCGCCUGCACCAGCGCCUGCAGCUCUGCGUCUUCCAGCAGGACGUCCAGCAGGUGACAGAUUGGAUCGAGAACCACGGCGAGGCCUUCCUCAGCAGCAGCACCGGGGUGGGCAAGUCCCUGCACCGUGCCCGCGCCCUGCAGAAGAGGCACGAGGACUUUGAGGAGGUCGCCCAGAACACCUACACCAACGCGGACAAGCUGCUGGAGGCGGCGGAGCAGCUGGCCCAGACGGGCGAGUGCGACCCGGAGGAGAUCUACCAGGCCGCCCACCAGCUGGAGGACCGCAUCCAGGACUUUGUGCGGCGCGUGGAGCAGCGCAAGGUGCUGCUGGACAUGUCCGUGGUUCACACGCACGUCAAAGAGCUGUGGACGUGGUUGGAAGAGCUGCAGAAGGAGCUGCUGGACGACGUGUAUGCCGAGUCGGUGGAGGCGGUCCAGGAGCUGAUCAAGAGGUUCGGCCAGCAGCAGCAGACCACGCUGCAGGCCACGGUCAACGUCAUCAAGGAGGGGGAGGACCUCAUCCAGCAGCUCAGGGACUCGGCCAUCUCCAGCAACAAGACGCCCCACAACAGCUCCAUGGCGCACAUCGAGAGCGUGCUGCAGCAGCUGGACGAGGCCCAGGCCCAGAUGGAGGAGCUCUUCCAGGAGAGGAAGAUCAAGCUGGAGCUCUUCCUCCAGCUGCGCAUCUUCGAGAGGGACGCCAUCGACGUGAUCUCGGACCUGGAGUCAUGGAACGAGGAGCUGUCCCAGCAGAUGGGCGAGUUUGACACAGAGGACCUGCCCCUGGCAGAGCAGCGUCUGCAGCACCACGCCGACAAGGCCCUCACCAUGAACAACCUCACCUUCGACGUCAUCCACCAGGGCCAGGAGCUGCUGCAGUAUGUCACCGAGGUGCAGGCGUCCGGCGUGGAGCUGCUGUGCGACCGCGACGUGGACAUGGCCACGCGGGUGCAGGACCUGCUCGAGUUCCUCCACGAGAAGCAGCAGGAGCUGGACCUGGCAGCGGAGCAGCACCGCCGCCACCUGGAGCAGUGCGUCCAGCUGAGGCACCUGCAGGCCGAAGUCAAGCAGGUGCUGGGCUGGAUCCGGAACGGGGAGUCCAUGCUGAACGCCGGGCUGAUCACUGCCAGCUCCCUGCAGGAGGCGGAGCAGCUGCAGAAGGAGCACGAACAGUUUCAGCACGCCAUCGAGAAGACCCACCAGAGCGCCUUGCAGGUCCAGCAGAAGGCUGAGGCCCUACUGCAGGCCAACCACUACGACAUGGACACCAUCCGGGACUGUGCUGAGAAGGUGGCCGACCACUGGCAGCAGCUGAUGCUGAAGAUGGAGGACAGGCUUAAGCUGGUCAACGCGUCGGUGGCCUUCUACAAGACCUCCGAGCAGGUGUGCAGCGUGCUGGAAAGCCUGGAGCAGGAGUACAAGAGGGAGGAGGACUGGUGCGGGGGCGCUGAUAAGCUGGGGCCCAACUGUGAGUCGGACCACGUCACGCCCAUGAUCAGCAAGCACCAGGAGCAGAAGGAGGCCUUCCUCAAGGCCUGUACACUGGCCAGGCGCAACGCAGACGUCUUCCUGAAGUACCUGCACCGGAACAGCGUCAACAUGCCCGGCAUGCUGUCCCACGUCAAGGCCCCCGAGACCCAGGUCAAGAACAUCCUCAAUGAGCUGCUUCAGAGGGAGAACAGGGUGCUCCACUUCUGGACCAUGAGGAAGAGGAGGCUGGACCAGUGUCAGCAGUACGUGGUGUUUGAGCGCAGCGCCAAACAGGCACUGGAGUGGAUCCACGACACGGGAGACUUCUACCUGUCCACACACACCUCCACGGGCUCCAGCAUCCACCACACCCAGGAGCUGCUCAAAGAGCACGAGGACUUCCAGAUCACCGCCAAGCAAACCAAAGAGCGCGUAAAGCUGUUGAUCCAGCUGGCCGACGGCUUCUGCGACAAGGGCCACGCCCACGCGGUGGAGAUCAAGAAAUGGGUGGCGUCCGUCGAUAAGCGCUACCGGGACUUCUCCGUGCGCAUGGACAAGUACCGGGGCUGUUUGGAGUCAGCACUCGGCAUCCCCUCAGACUCCAACAAGGCUAGUAAAGACCUCCAGCUGGACAUCAUUCCCGCCAGCGCCCCGGGGUCAGAGGUCAAACUGAGGGACGCUGCCCACGACCUCAACGAGGAGAAGAGGAAGUCCGCCCGCAGGAAAGAGUUCAUCAUGGCAGAGCUGAUCCAAACAGAGAAGACCUACGUCAGAGACCUACGGGAGUGCAUGGAUACGUACCUGUGGGAGAUGACCAGUGGUGUAGAGGAGAUCCCACCAGGGAUUAUCAACAAGGAGCACAUCAUCUUCGGCAACAUGCAGGACCUCUACGAGUUCCACCACAAUAUCUUCCUCAAGGAGUUGGAGAAAUAUGAGCAGCUUCCAGAAGAUGUGGGCCAUUGCUUCGUCACCUGGGCGGACAAGUUCCAGAUGUACGUCAACUACUGUAAGAACAAGCCCGACUCCACCCAGCUCAUCCUGGAACACGCAGGGCCCUAUUUUGACGAGAUCCAGCAGAGGCACAGACUCGCAAACUCCAUCUCGUCUUACCUCAUCAAACCAGUGCAGAGGAUCACCAAGUACCAGCUGCUGCUCAAGGAGCUCUUGACCUGCUGCGAGGAGGGGAAGGGGGAGAUCAAGGACGGCCUGGAGGUGAUGCUCAGCGUCCCCAAGAGAGCCAACGACGCCAUGCACCUCUCCAUGCUGGACGGCUUCGACGGGAACAUCGACUCCCAGGGAGAGCUGAUCCUGCAGGAGUCCUUCCAGGUGUGGGACCCCAAGACCCUGAUCCGCAAAGGCCGCGAGCGCCACCUCUUCCUGUUCGAGAUGUCCCUGAUCUUCAGCAAGGAGGUCAAGGACUCCAACGGACACAGCAAAUACCUCUACAAGAGCAAGAUGUUUACUUCCGAGCUGGGAGUGACGGAGCACGUGGAAGGGGACCCCUGCAAGUUCGCCCUCUGGGUGGGAAGGACCCCCACCUCCGACAACAAGAUCGUGCUCAAGGCUUCCAGCAUCGAGAACAAGCAGGACUGGAUCAAACACAUCCGGGAGGUGAUCCAGGAGCGAACCAUCCACCUGCGGGGGGCGCUGAAGGAGCCCAUCCACAUGCCCAAGGCCACCACGACCAAACACAAAGGCAGACGGGAUGGAGAGGAUCUGGACAGCCAGGGUGACGCCAGCAGCCAGCCAGACACCAUCUCCAUCGCCUCACGCACCUCCCAGAACACCCUGGACAGCGACAAGGUAGGACACACACGCACACACACGCACACUCACACUCACUCACUCACUCACUCACUCACUCACUCACUCACUCACUCACUCACUCACUCACUCACUCACUCACUCACUCACUCACUCACUCACUCACUCACACCCACAAACCUAGUAACAGACACAUUUAUAAUACACACACAGACACAGAGACAUACAGACAAAGAGACAACACGCUACACGCUGUCCGUCUCCAGCAACGACGCGCUGCAGCCGGGCUCCAGCCACACCCUGGGGCCCCACAUCUCCCCGGGGCCCAAGCGUCCGGGCAACACGCUGCGCAAGUGGCUGACCAGCCCCGUGCGGCGCCUGAGCUCGGGCAAGGCCGACGGCCACGUCAAGAAGCUGGCCAACAAGCACAAGAAGAGCCGCGGCGAGGUGGUCCGCAAGACGACCGCCGACCUGCCGCUGGGCUCCCACAAGGACCCCGACGACACGGCCGCCACGCCCCAGGACGAGACCCUGGAGGAGCGCAUGCGCAACGAGGGCCUGAGCAGCGGCACGCUGUCCAAGUCGUCGUCGUCGGGCAUGCAGAGCUGCGGGGAGGAGGAGGGCGAGGAGGGGCCUGACGCCGUGCCUCUACCGCCCCCUAUGGCCAUCCAGGUGCACAGCCUGCUGCAGCCAGACUCCCAGGACGACAAGGCAUCUCGACUGUCCAGUCGUCCCAGUAGCUCGGAGACUCCCAGUGCCGCUGAACUGGUCAGCGCCAUCGAGGAGUUGGUGAAGAGCAAGAUGUCUCUGGAGGACCGUCCCAGCUCUCUGUCGGUGGAGCAGGGCGACAGCAGCUCCCCCUCUCUCAUCCCCUCAGACAACUCCCUCCUCUCGUCGUCCUCCCCCAUCGACGAGUUGGACGACAGGAAGUCCGGCUUCCUCAAGAGGAGACAUUAUGUGAUGCUGGAGCUGGUGGAAACCGAAAGAGAUUACGUCAGGGACCUUGGCUCUGUGGUGGAGGGCUACAUGAGCAGGAUGAAGGAGGAGGGCGUUCCUGACGACAUGCGAGGAAAGGACAAGAUUGUGUUCGGGAACAUCCAUCAGAUCUACGACUGGCACAAAGAUUUCUUCCUGGCUGAGCUUGAAAAGUGCUUGGAGGAUCCCGAGAGGCUGGCUUCUCUGUUUGUCAAACAGGAGAGGAGACUGCACAUGUACAUAGUGUACUGCCAAAACAAGCCCAAAUCCGAACACAUCGUCUCGGAGUACAUCGACAAUUACUUUGAGGACCUCAAGCAGAGGUUGGGUCACAGACUACAGCUCACUGACCUGUUGAUCAAACCUGUGCAGCGCAUCAUGAAGUACCAGCUCCUGCUGAAGGAUCUUCUCAAGGUCUCCAAGAAGUCCGGUGCAGACUCGCUGGAGCUUGAGAAAGCCGUGGAGGUGAUGUGUGUGGUGCCCAAGCGCUGCAACGACAUGAUGAAUGUCGGCCGCCUCCAGGGAUUUGAAGGUAAGAUCGUGGCCCAGGGCAGGCUACUACUGCAGGACACCUUCAUGGUGUCGGACCAGGACGGAGGCCUCCUCUCCAGGAUGAAGGAGAGGAGGGUCUUCCUCUUUGAGCAGAUCGUCAUCUUCAGCGAGCCCCUGGACAAGAAAAAGGGCUACACGACUCUGGGCUACCUCUUCAAGAACAGCGUCAAGGUGAGCUGGCUGGGUCUGGAGGAGAACCCAGACGACCCCUGUAAGUUCACCCUGACGUCCCGGUCCACCAGCGGGGGGCAGGAGCGCUACACCCUGCACUCUCCCAGCUCCGCCGUCAGCCAGCUCUGGGUCCACCAGGUCAGCCAGAUCCUGGAGAACCAGCGCAACUUCCUCAACGCGUUGACCUCUCCCAUCGAGUACCAGAGGAACCACGUGGGGGGCGGCGGGGCCGGGGGCCCCCCCAGCAGCAGUAGCAGCGGUGGGGGCAGUGCCGGGGGUCUGGCCGGGGGCAGCAGCUCCAGCAACGCUCACAGCCUGGGAGGAGGAGGAGGAGGAGGAGGAGGAGGAGGAGGAGGAGGAGGAGGCGGCGGAGUUGUCGGAGGAGGAAGUGGCGGCGGCGGCGGCGGCGGAGGAGGAAGCUCCGGCGUCUCCGGCAGCAACUCGUCCCUGUGCGGCCCCCGCACCCGGCCCUCGCGCAUCCCCCAGCCCUCCUCCCGCCUCCCGCAGCCCGUCCACCACUACCACCCCCCGGGCCCCGACGGGCCCGACCCAUCAGCAGGUACGUGGUCGUCUCCCUGCCGCACCCCCCCCACACCCCCCCUGACCCCCCGGGGCUCCCUCCUCCCGCCCAACCCCUACCCCUACCUGGACUCCGACGUCGUGGGGGAGGCUCUCGAGUCGGGGGGGCCCGAGGUGCCCCGGAUGCGGGUGCUGGACGGGCCCCUGGGUAGCGGCGGCGGCGGCAGCGGUAGCAUCGGCGGAGGCAGCAGCAGCGGCAGCAGUGGAGGCAGCAGCGGCAGCAUCGCUAACAACGCUAACACCGCUAACGGCUUGUGUGGGAGCGCGGAGGGCAGCCCCGGGCGCCGGGGCCCCCGGGGGCCCUCAGGGGAGGGCCAGAGACAUACCGCCGCGGGGAUCCCGCAGAUGGCGGUGGCCCCCUUGAUCACGCUGCCCCUCAAGACCCCCCGGGUCGCCACGGUUACGCCGUUAGCCUCGCCGCAGUCUCCCAGUGGAGGAGGAGGAGGAGGAGGAGGGUUCAACAAGGACGCCGGCGUCGUCCCCGCCAGCCCGGCUCACAAGGGCGGGACGUUCUGGGCCGGGGUCCCGGCGGUACCGGCCUCCCCCGCCGGCCGCUCGGGGGCCUUCCCCUUCCCCGCGGUCGGCGACGGGGCGGGGUCGCCCUGUGGGGGCGGCGGCGGCGACUCUCUGGGCCGCGGCACGCCCUCCCAGCAGCACCGGCCCCGCUGCCACUCGGGUCACAGUAAGGACCAGGACCGCAUGAGCACCUGCUCCUCCACCAGCGAGCAGUCCAUACACUCCACCCAGAGCAACGGGAGUGAAAGCAGCAGCAGCAGCAGCAGCACGGUGUCCACCAUGCUGGUGACCCGGGACUACGGGGCCGUGAAGGAGGACGAGGUGAGCGUGCUGCAGGGCGAGGCGGUGCAGAUGCUGGCCAGCAACCAGCAGAACAUGUACCUGGUGUACCGGGCCGCCACGCAGCACUGCCCGGCCGCCGAGGGCUGGGUCCCCGGCCACGUGCUGGGCCACACCUCGGCCUCCGUCACGCCCGACCUCCCGGAGGGCACCAUCAAAAAAUCAUUAUCAUGGCACACAGCACUUCGUAUCCGACGUAAAUCUGAGAAGAGGGACAAGGAGGGCAGGAAGGAGACCAAGAUGGAGAACGGCUUCCGCAAAUCCCAGGACGGCCUGGCAAACAAAGUCUCUGUCAAGCUUCUAAACCCCAACUACAUAAAUAAUGCACCCCCUGAGUUCCUGGUGCCCGUGGCCGACGUGGCGUGCGACCGAGGGGACAACGUCACCCUGCGCUGCAAAGUGUGCGGCCGGCCUCGGGCCACCGUGUCCUGGCACGGCCCCGACAACAGCGCCCUCGGCAACAGCAGCCGCUUCAGCGUCAGCUACAGCGAGACCGGGGAGGCGGUGCUGAACAUCCUGGGCGCCUCGGUGGAGGACGUGGGCGUGUACACCUGCAUCGCCACCAACGUCUCGGGCUCCGUCACCUCCUCCGCCAGCCUCAGGGUCUUAGGGGCCUCGGACGACAGGAGUGAAUUCGUCUGGAAGAGCAGCUUUGAGUCCUACUACACCGAGACCAGUGAGCUGGGAAGGGGCCGCUUCUCGGUGGCCAAGCGGUGCGAGCAGCGGGGGAGCAAGCGCUCGGUGGUGGCCAAGCACGUGAACAAGCGUCUGCUGCGGCGAGAGCAGGUGCUGCGGGAGGUUCGGCUGCUGCAAUCGCUGGACCACCCCAACCUGGUGGGGCUGUUGGACACCUACCAGACGGCCACCAGCUACGUGCUCGUCCUGGAGAUGGCGGAGCAGGGCCGGUUGCUGGACUACAUCGUGAGCUGGGGCAGCCUGACGGAGGAGAAGGUGGCCUUCUACCUGCGGGACGUCCUGGAAGCCCUGCACUACCUCCACAGCUGGAGGAUAGCACACCUGGACGUCAAGCCGGAGAACCUGCUGGUGGAGCACGUCUCCUCCCAGCCCACGGUGAAGCUCACGGACUUUGGCGACGCGGUCCAGCUGGAGCCGCCCUCCUCCUACGUCCACCCGCUCCUCGGCAGCCCGGAGUUCGCCGCUCCGGAGCUGGUACUGGGUCAGCCCGCCUCCGUCAUGGCCGACAUGUGGAGCUUGGGAGUGGUGACCUACGUGGUGCUGAGCGGGGCGUCGCCCUUCCUGGACGACAGCGUGGAGGAGACGUGUCUGAACGCGUGCCGGCUGGACUUCAGCUUCCCACACGACUACUUCCAAGGCGUGAGCGCCGCCGCCCGCGACUUUGUGUGCGCGCUGCUCCGGAGCGAGCCGGACGCCAGGCCCGGCGCCGCCGCCUGCCUGCGGACGCCGUGGCUACAGCCCCGCGGCGGCCCGCGUGCCGGAGGACCCCCGACCCCGGCGCCCCACGCCGCCCCCCCCCCGGUGGGGGACGUCCACCUGGACACCUCCCGCCUCAUCUCCUUCAUCGAGCGCCGGAAGCACCAGACGGACGUGCGGCCCGUCGCCGCCACGCAGCACUUCCUCCACAGCCGCCUCCUCGACCACGCCUGAUUGGCCGCGGCCCGGUUGUGACCGCACGAUACCCCCCCCCCCCCCCACAGGUGGGGUCGAGUGGCCCGAGGGGGUCGGUGCUGCAGCUGCUGAAGAAACGUCGGCCACCCCUGCCCGUAAAUCGAACGCAUCUCGGAUACGAGGUGAUGUCCCCGCCCCCUCCACCCCGACACACACACACACACACGCCGACGCACACACAAACACGCGCCUCCUCACUCGGCCAUGAAAUGUCCUGCUGCUGCUGCUGCUGUCUGACUGACUGACCUCUGCUGAAAUUCCCCUCCCCCCGAUCCAACCCCCCCCCCCCCUCUUUCUUUAUCAUCUCAACCUACUUCUACGUGGUCAUCUGUGGCCCUCGUCCCGGACACUCCAAUGGCAUAUGGACGUAUGCCCGCACAACAAUGAGAGGAACUGUUUGAAGUUUUUCCCUUUUCAAACAUAAGACAUUAGCAGGGAGAGAAGCGAGCUUUCUCAAAAGAGCCAGCGUGUGCUAGUCUUUGGUUGUCAGACGGUGUUGAAAUAUAUAUAUAAGUGAAGAGGAAAGAACAAUACUGUAUAGGUGGGAAAAGGGGGAAAAAAACGAAUUCAGGUCGGUUUUGGUUGAACACGAGAAUAUAUGUUUGUCAUUUGUAUCGAGAGAGAGAACUUUUUUUGUAAAACAAUACAUGUACAGUGUUGGACGAAAAACGGAAUUAUCUUUAAAGACACCACUUUUGAAAAGCAGUGUUUCCAGGCAAGGUGGAACAAAUCAAUAAUAGAUAGCAGCGAGUUGCAUGGACAAAGCGGUUCCCUUCCAUAGGGUCCAAGUUUAAGAUAAAGACCAAAACCCUGUUUAGUUUUAGUUUUCCCGAAGAUAUGCUGUCGUUUCAUUCAAUGCAAUAGUUUGCUUACGGUUGCCUCCCCCCCCCCCCCCCCCCCCCCCCUUGUUUCAGUUUAAACAAUUUUAUCGUUAAGUGACACACUUACACUAAGUGACUACAUGAACGGGAGAAGGAGCAGAAGAAGAAAACAUGUUUUUUUUGGAAAGAAAUCGAAUCAUAUUUCUUAGUGCAUCCGCCUUAUUUUGUAAAUAAUAUGUUCCUGCCUUCCAUAUUCAUUUUGAAGAAUUUGUCACCAAACCGACGCAAACACAGCGUUUCAUGCGUGAGUCUGAUCCGUUGAAGAAGAAUGGAGUCAUUGGAGCAAUAAGAAAAAAAAAGUUGAAAUAAGGCUCCCUCAUUCUCUGCGGUGGCCGGACACUGACGAUGAGCCGAAAGCGCUAAUAGAACUGCACUCGUAUUUUGUGUUGGUUACCACGUGCAAUGUUGCAGCUUUAACCUUUAUGCAACUAUUUAUGAAGACUUGUUUUGUAGCUGUAUUCUUUGGGAAAAAAAAGGCAUGUACGUAUCUAGUACUGCGAUACUGUAGAUGUCUGUAUUGUGUUAAGUCUUAUGUAUUAAGUUCAGUAUUACAUCUUGCAACCCUUACAAACAGAGGGUGUUUAAGAGAUAAUGUAUAAGAAAAAUUUGUAUCUAUAUUAUAUAUGCACUUAUGCUUUCAAGAGUUUGUCAUUGCGCCAAUGUGUUUUUUAUUCUUUUCUGUUACGAAACCAAAGUUGAGUAUUCUUUACCCUUUUUUUUCCUGCUAAAAUGUGUUAUGAUUUAUCUUAUUAAAUUAUAGAAGACCACUCAGACCGUAGAGGUAUAUGGGUUUACAUUGGUUCAGUUUGGUUGUAUUUAUUCUGGAUGUCCCAAGGAGUGUUUACUUUUACGUUCUUUGAAGCUGUGCACAAAAUUCUUCUUCCGUGAUUUUCGAUUGCUUUGUGUAGAUGGAUACCAAUGUGUGUUUCAGUGUUUUUGUUCUGCACCCCCCCCCCCCCCCCCCCUCCCCCUCACGGCCAUCAGACUUGGUAAACAACCUUCACCAAGCGAUGUUUGUCUUUUGAAUAACUGGGAUUCACACUGCUCUGUAGCCUCAGAGUGACCCCAGAGACUUCCAAUCACCUCCCCUCUCUUGUCAGGGCAGUAUCCUAAGCCCGCCCCAAAACACCAGAACCUCCCGCCUCCAAAAAAGAAAAUCAAUACAUCGGGUUAUCACGCAUUUUGCACUCAUUUUCAGUUGAAACACAUUGAAGUCCUUGAGAACUGGUAUCUUUAUUUUUAUUGGCUAGUCGUUUUUUUUUGGUAUGUGUGCCAGUCCAGUGAGCUCUUCAAAAAAUCACUUUGUGUUCUGGGCUCAUCUUCAAAGAUUGUUGAGUCGUGGACCACUUCAGUCAGUCCAACGUUUAUUCGUGUUCUUUGUCUGUUAAUAUCUGUGUAUAGCUUCAAGACCUUCGCGUCUUGUCCUUUUUGAUUUUAUUUAUUGACGUUGGUCUGGGUGUUUCCCAAAAGUAUGAAAACAGUGAGAUUGUUGGGCGUCCAUAACUAAGCUCGGUCCUGGAGCGUGCUCUGGAGGCCCGGACUGAGACGCCUUUGGAAAGCCCCGUUUGUUAGUCGUUAUGUAAAGAUGUACAGAGAGGAGAAGGAGCAGGCUCGUGUUCAGGAUGUGAACCUCAUAACUUUUGACAUAUUUGAUACAUUAUAGUACAAGACUGCAGCAAUGUCAUAUUUGAAUGUCUUUUUUUUUUCUUUUUUUUUUGCAUGUAUAUUUCUUUGUACAGAAAAGGCAUAAUGUGUUUACACAUUAUUCUGUUGUAAAUAUAUUUUUGUCCUCGGGUUACUUUGCCAUUAAACGUACAUGGAACAUGA